AUGGCAACCGCUGCAGCAAAGCAAUACAAUGGCAGUUGGUUCUCGUAUGCGUCGCCGGGUGAGAUCUUUGCCGCCAGUACCGUGCUCCCAUUUCUCGGCAUUAAGAUGAGUCUUGAUGACUGGCUAAUCAUUCUGGCCCUAUUGAUGUUGAUCAUCGUAGCUGUUUUCAUGCUUAUAGGCAUUGCCAAGCAUCAAAUUGGAUAUUCGACGCUAAAGUAUGCGCUAACAGAGAGUUUCUCGUUGAUCGACAAGUUGACCUACUUUCUGCAACUUUUCUUGAUUAUAUCCAACGGCUUCAUAAAGCUCAGCGUCCUAUUCUUUUAUCGCAGGCUUCUCAUUGUUGAUAAGCGUGGCGUGUUCAGCUGGGUUACAUUUGUUGCAGUUGCUAUCAUCUUUCUGUGGACCCUUGCAUACCUUUUCACCUUUAUCUUUGGAUGUGGAUUACACAUGUCGGCCUACUGGGGAUCUCUUCAAGGUGUCGAGAAGUACUAUGGGAAAGGAGGGUUCACGAUCGAGCGGUCAUUCUAUAUUUCUGAUUUCGUGACUGAUGUCAUGAUUCUGUGUCUUCCUAUGCCUAUGAUUUGGAGACUACGAAUUGGGACUGCCAAAAGGUUCGCUGUUACAGGCAUAUUUCUGUUAGGUGCAAUGUCAUUGGCUGCGUCCAUUGCAAGAAUGGCCAUGUAUGAAGAAGUGUACCGGAGGAGCUUUACCGACCUCGCAUCGACCGAAGACAGACAUCUCACGUCAUCCACAAUAUUAUAUUGGAGCAUAAUCGAAUGCUCUCUCGCGCUCAUUGCAGCAUGCUUACCAAUACUGCAGGUCUUUUUCAAAGGGAUUUCUCUCCCAGCGGUAAUUCGUAGCGUGCGGAGUGUUGUUAGUCUGCACAGUUUGCAAUCUCAGAAUACGCAAAACUCAACAACAGUUGGGCGUGUGAAUGCUUAUUCGGAGUCUGGCAGAACAAAGCUAGAAUCGACGGAUGGCAUGCAUCUCCCACACUUGGGCGAGUUUCUUAGCAUGAACAACUCCACAACCGGUAAAUACGAUGGUUCCGAAGUGCUAGAGCCAGGACGGGUAUACUUCCAGGAAUCCAUGAGGACGGAGCAUUUUCAAGUGUAGACAGCUGAAUAUCCACCUUGUUCCUAAGUUUCAUGGCCAGGUUAUGGGCUCACAAAUCACUUCUUCGCCACAGACAAUCUCGGUUUCAUAUAUCGUCAUUAUAGUUUGUACAUUGCUUUGCAUUCAACCCUACCGAAGGAGAGU